AUGGAAGAUCUUCAAAAUUAUAUUCAUGAAUUAGGCAUGAGAGAAGCUAUAUACGAGGACUCAUUUGAUAGCCCAGAUAUUGUGAAGUUUUUAGCAGAUAUGUUGCUCGUAUUGGAAUCUGCAGCUUCUUCAGGAGACACAUCCUAUCCACACCACAUUGUAUCUGUGGUUCCAAACCGUUAUCCCCGCUGGUUCAAUCUAAGCCAUGUUGAAUCUCAGCAGUGUGAGCUGGCAUUGACUGUGCUGUCAGCAGCUAAAGGUGAUGUUCAGAGGCUGGAAACAGUGUUACAGUCUAUCCAGAAAAAUAUCCACUCCUCAUCACACAUUUUCAAACUUGCCCAGGAUGCAUUUAAAAUAGCAACACUCAUGGACAGCUUGCCAGACAUCACUCUUCUGAAAGUUUCUUUGGAACUGGGCCUUCAGGUGAUGCGGAUGACGUUGUCAACACUGAAUUGGCGACGGCGGGAAAUGGUGAGGUGGUUGGUAAUGUGUGCAACAGAACUAGGUGUUCAUGCACUAGAUAGCAUCAUGCAAAACUGGUUUACACUUUUCACUCCAACGGAAGCCACUAGUAUUGUUGCUACAACAGUGAUGUCCAAUAGUACAAUUGUCCAUCUGCAUCUGGACUGCCUUCAGCAGGAGAAGCUGGCCGGCAGUGCUAGGACGCUUGCUCUACAGUGUGCCAUGAAGGAUCCUCAAAACUGUGCCCUCUCUGCACUGACUUUAUGUGAAAAAGAGCGCAUAGCUUUUGAGACUGCUUACCAAAUCGUUCUAGAUGCUGCUACAACCGGCAUGAGCUACUCGCAGCUUUUUACUGUAGCACGAUACAUGGAGCACCGUGGUUACCCCACACGGGCCUACAAGUUGGCCACUCUGGCCAUGACACAUCUCAACCUGAGUUACAAUCAGGACACACACCCUGCUAUUAAUGAUGUUUUGUGGGCAUGUGCACUCAGCCACUCCCUUGGGAAAAAUGAGCUAGCAGCUAUAAUACCUCUGGUAGUCAAAAGUGUCAAAUGUGCAACAGUACUGUCAGACAUUUUGCGUAGGUGUACUUUGACCACUCCUGGCAUGGUGGGACUUCAGGGAAGGAGGAACUCUGUUAAGCUCAUGUCACUGGACAAAGCCCCUUUAAGGCAACUCUUGGAUGCCACAAUUGGAGCCUACAUUAAUACAACUCAUUCGCGUCUCACUCACAUCAGCCCUCGACACUAUGGUGAGUUUAUAGAAUUCCUCAGCAAGGCCCGAGAGACCUUCUUAAUGUCUCAUGAUGGACAGAUCCAGUUUACACAGUUUAUUGACAACCUAAAACAAAUCUAUAAAGGCAAAAAGAAAUUGAUGAUGUUGGUUCGUGAGCGGUUUGGUUGAUGAAAGUGUGGGGAGGGAAGGGACGAUUUGUUUCUACUUGAGCUUGCCUUUUUAACUUAAAGAAAAAGAGCCACACUGGUAUUAUAUGUGUAUAGUUGUACUGAGUUUGCAAACUAAAUUGUCAUGUUGUGAAAGUUCGUGUUUACUUUUCUCCUUUUUUCUGUUAAAAAAGGUUUGGUUUACACUGAGUAUAUGUUGUCAAGUGGCAAGAGCCCAUAUCGCUCUCCUCUCUGUAUACAUGCGCAGCCUCAAAACCAAGCAUAUAUUGCAAUGGCUUUAAAACAAAACAAAACAAAACAAAACAAAACAAUAUCUCCAUCCUGUGAUAAAUACCUCAAAUGGAUUCAGCUUUAUUCCUUUGUAACUCAUCCUUACAUUCAGCAUAUUUAAACAAACCAAUAAGUGAAAUACUAAUAGUUAAGGCUGACCACAUGGCUUUGCAGUGCUGUUCAUCCUGAAGCAUGACAAACAAUGCUUAUGCAUGUGGAAACUUAGCUACUGUCAACAUACAUUCUCAGGGAUUUAUUAAAAAAAAAAAUAGAAGAAGAA